AACUUGAACUCCUUUGCUUGCAGGUUGGUGGCGGGGUCAAAGUUGAAGGUUCCGCCCUGAGUGGCUUCGGGGAUCAAGCUGGGAUCCUCGUCAAUCUAAAAAGAGAGAAGGAAAAGAAGAAAUGGAUCAGGGUGGUGCCAUAGAUGAACAAACACACAGAGUGGAGACGAGAUUCAUUGUCACUACAGAAAACAUAGGUCAAUUUUUCAUUCGAUUUUAUAUAGAAUUAUGUAGCAAGGCCUAUAGCCGAUUCCUCCAUCUUACCCCAUUGACAGAGGAAGUGGAGGAAAAAGGCCCUGCGUUUCUGUAGCACACAUCCUACACCCAGCACAGCACUGUCAGGACAGCGCUGGGUUCUAACGGUGUGCAAACUGUAGGGCUUCUGUCAGAGCAGAGGUACUCACAUCGUCUCCUGAGAAGUACUGGUCGAUGAUCUCGAAGGCUAGUUUGUAGAUGUCCUCGUUUUCAUGCUGCUGAAGGUUCUCGAUCUUCUCUAGACCUGAUGGGCAGAGAGAAAUUAGCAUGAAAGUCCAUCACAGUGAAUCAAUCUAGAAUGUGUGCUUCACAGUAGCAACACUACACUGUCAUACAAUGGCAACAUGGUGAACUGACACACACACACUGACCUCCACACUCCUCUAUGAUCUCAGCGAUGGUGCUGGCCUCGUCCCCGGCCAUGAUGAGGACGUUCUUGAGGCCGUCUAGGACCACCUGAACCACCUGGGAGUCCUUAACAGACAGCAGGCUGCAGAACGGAGGAACCACAUUCUGCUGCACCAGGUACUCCACCUAUAGGGUCGGGUAGAACAUAGCAGAUCAGCCUAUCAGGGCCUUGCUUUGCCUACAGACAGGUGAACUUAACCAGCCAAUCAGGACCAUAUAAAACACAACGCUGUAUGGAUUGGGUAUUGAUGGAAGCAGCCCUGGUAGAACAUACCUGAUCUUUUCUUCCACUUAUUGUCAAGUUGCUGAUGGCCCAGGCUGCCUCCUUCUGUGUGCCAAAGUCUCCCUGCAGACAAACACAGAGAGAGGUUGUCAGUGGUUAGGCUAGUGUUCCUUACAGAUCUCCACAAGGACAUUUGGGCUACAUAAUGCUUCGUAGGGCUACAUAAGGGCUCAGUGACUCACCUUAGCCAGCUGGUGGAUGAUCAUGGGCAGCAGGCCAGCGUCGAUGACGGCCUGCACCUGCUGCUGGUUGCCUGCUGUGAUGUUGGACAGGAACCACACCGCCUCCUAGUGGGCGGGAGGGAUACACACACACACAGGAAGCCAUUCAGCUGAGAGAAACCCACAGACACGCACACCAUGGACCACAUGAGUACGACUGAGACCGGUACACAGAGGUAUAGAUACUGUUGGAAAUAAACGACACUGGGGUCCAUCCCAUUGCAACGCUACAGGACUUAGUUACAGCAAAACAAACAUAUGCCACCAUAAGCAUCUAAACGUGUGGCUGUUACCUUGUUGAUCUUCUCCUUGGGGUGUGUGAGCAGGUUGGGGAAGUGCGAGAGGACGUCACAGUUGAGCACCACCUGCGUCUGCUCGUCUGUCCCCGUCACAAUGUUCCCCACUGCCCUCAGAGCUGCAGUCUACAGGAUAUGACAUCAUAGGUGGUUAAUGACGUCACACAUUCCGUACAUUGGUGUUGCCAGGAUAUGUUCACUGAAUACCACUCCUCUCCUUAGACCCAUUCUUGUCUGCAAUGAUUUAAACUGUCAGUCAUCUAAACAUGAGUGCCCAGGACUUAAUAUCAUUCAAUAUUGGAGGUCAAAAAUUCACCACUACUCUGUCAACUCUCAGAAGACACCAAGACUCAAGAAUAGCUAGGAUCCUGGAUGGCAAAGACACAGAUUUUAAAGUUAUCAGUGGACAAGUUUUUGUAGAUAGAGAUUGGACUUUCUUUAAAUACAUCCUGGAUUAUAUGAGGACAGGUCAAAUCACCUUGCCAGCAGAAUUCUCUGACUACAAUGGCUUGGCUCAAGAAGCACAGUUCUAUGGUUUGUAUCCAUUGGCACUUUGGGUUGAGAGGAACAUCCAUCGAUCCAGAGUUGAGGUUCUAGAAUUGCGCUUCUCUGUCCAGGAAACUCACGGAUUCUUCCAAAUAUUCUGCUCCAACAACAAAACUCUGGAGGCUUUGGGGACAAGGAUAUCCAUUUUUGUGACACAUCCAAAUCUGAAUGGGAAUUUCUCACACCUACCUCAGAACUCCAGCACACCUCAUCCUGUACCGGUCCAGAGACCCUCUCACCACGACAUGGUGUUCCAAUGUGGGACUGACCAACUAGCCAGGGACGACUUCUCUGCCAGGUUUGUAACUAUUGAGCCGGAUGACAGAAAGCUUCUCAACAGCACCAACGUCCUGGGCCUGCUGGUAGACACCCUUCUGAAGGAUGGGUUUCGCCUGAUCGACACAAGGACAGUUUCCCAAGAGGAGAAGAUUGAAUACUACAUGUUUGAAAGGAGCAGGGAUACUGAGAUCGUUGUACUGAGUGAAACCCCCAGGGCAGAACAUCUCAGAAGAGAGGACACACAGAGCCUGCUUGGUGAAGGAAAGAAAAAGUGAACUCGGUGUCAGGGUGCAUCUCAAAAGUCUAAAGUGGUUCCCUUUCCAUGUCCAGUUCUGUAAUAUCAGUGGACUUCAGACUAUUGAGAUGGAUCCAUUCUCUGAGAGUCAGACUGGAUUGACCAGCAGAUGGCGACAAAGGAUAAUAAUGUUGAGGGCCAUAAUGUCAAUAUGCUUCACCUCACCAUUAGUCUCAAUUUUAUACAGUAUAUUUUAUUCGACAUCAAUUUCCUAUUUCCAAAAGUACAAUUCUCUAAAUUGAAAUAGAAUUGAGAAUGUAUUUGAUCAAGAACACAAAUAAAACAUAAAAAAUAAACUAUUUGUUUAAUUCAACCAGGUAGCUCAUAGACUGAUGUCGAACGGCAAUGCUUUGCUUCAACAGCACCGUCAAUACUGGAGGCUUCAGCAGUGGUGAACUCCAAUAUUUACGUGCUGCUACAGCAAGGCAGCCAGUCACAGAAUGGCGGUCACAAGCCUCAGAUGUCCAGGCUUCGCUCACGUUGUCACAGACAUGCACAUAACACCACAGCCAUCUUUAUUGUACCCAGUCUGAACUCUCAAGC